CUUCUUCCCGCUCCUCAGUUCAGCGGACUCCGGCGCGUGUUCUUCCGCAGGUGUGUAUAUAUACGGGCGAGACUGGAAAAGGCUAGCGGCGAGUGUGAACUCGAUCGGGUUAUCCACUCGAGCUAGCUAGCUAGCUCCGAUCCAAUCCAAUCCGGCGGUAUAAAUUCGACGAGGACAGACGCGAGGUCAUGGCGGCACAGGAUGGCGUCAGGACAGCCGGCACCGCCGCGGCGGCGGCGUGCCGCGGGCGGCGCUUCGUCGGCGUCCGGCAGCGGCCGUCGGGGCGGUGGGUCGCGGAGAUCAAGGACUCGGCGCAGCGCGUGCGCCUGUGGCUGGGCACGUUCGACACGGCCGAGGAGGCGGCGCGCGCCUACGACGAGGCGGCCCGCGCGCUGCGCGGCGAGGGCGCGCGCACCAACUUCGCCGACCGCGCCCGGCGGUGCGGCGGCGCGGGCGCGGCCAGGGCCAGGCUGAGCAAGAACCUGCAGCACGUGAUGGCGCGGGCGGCGGCCGCCGCGGGGAGGAGUGCCACGGCGUGCGCCGGGGCGGGCGAGCAGUUCGCGCUCGCCGCGGUGUUCCGGCAUUGGCAGCAGCCCCACGCGCCGCAGCAGCAGGCCGAGGCCGCCGCCGCCAAGCACGCGGUGCAGCCGAGCUUCGUCGUGCCGAGGCGGACCGAGGCGCCGCCGUCGCCGUCGCUCGGAGCCGGCGAUCCCUGCUGGGGCGACGUCUCCGCCGAGCUGACGACGAUGCGCGCGGAGGAGAGGUCGUUCAAGGUGUCCUCGUCUAUGAUCGUGCCGCCCUCGUUCAGCGCGUCGUCGGAGUCGGAGUCGGAGUCCUUGGGCCUGGAGGAUUUUCUAGCUACUAGCUGAUGGCGCGACGACUCCUCUCCGUCUAGUCCAUGUUUGCGGCGGCGCGCUUGCUUGCCCGGACAGUGUAGAUAUUGCGCAAGCGCCGCGCCGCC